AAAUUGAAAUAAUGUCAACAAGUGGUGAGUAUCCGCCUGUUAGAUAAUGUUUCAAUUAAUACUGCCCAAGUUCUUUUGAUUUGAAAGUAGCCAAUUUUUCUGAUUCUACUAUCCUCUUAUGUGGUACUUGCUAUGAACUUUACAAGAGAAGGAAGUGUUGCUACUUCUGUGCUCAAGUGUAUAAGGACGAUGAAUAGAAUUUCCUUGAUGGCAAGAAGUGGGUUUAAUGUGAUAAUUAACGAUGUGGGAAAUGGGUAUAAUAAUUAUCAAGAUUUUAUUAGACACACAUAGAUUGCGAAGUAUCAGACAUUGAAUCGUAAUUGUAACAUAAAAGCUUCAAAUAUAAAUGUCCUUGGUGUAGGAUUGAGAAAGAUAAAAAGAAAAAGCAGUCAUAGCCCACAAAAUCAUUGAUAAAUUAAGAUCAAGCAGAUUAGUCUGAUCAAGAUCCAGAAUACGUGCAUUCUUUAACAAAAAAGGCCUCGUUGGAAGAAGCCAUUGUUUAAUAAAACUAUGAGCCUUGGUUGAAAAAGAAUACAUUCUUGGAAGAAUUGUUAAAAAAAUAUGGUUUCUAAUUAUAUAAUAAUUAGGAGAGUUUACUUAGUGCAUAAAUUAAGAGGAACUGUAAAGCGACUUGGUCAAAAUGAGGACUUUACUAAAAAAAUGA